GUCCUCCGAAAAAGAACAUUAUGAUAGAGUACCAGAAAUGACUGGACCCCCUCCUAGCCAAACCAAGAUUGAAGGAAUACAGAAGCAAAUUGCUAGUACAAAAAAUGAAAUUAAUAAGACUAUUCAGGAUCUUGCCAGUAGAGGGCAAAAAUUAGAUGACUUAUCGGAACAAACAGCCAUGUUGUCGGAUUCCGCUACGAAAUUUAAGACUCAUUCCCAAAAAGUUCAUAAGAAGAUGUGGUGGAAGAGUUCAAAAAUGACAGUUAUUAUUGCUGUAACCGUAAUUCUCAUCUUGGCUGCUAUCAUCAGGAAAGAUGUAGCUGAAUUUUCAAAUGGAAAAGGAAACGAUGAGAUAGAAUGA